CGCAACAGGGGCAUGGUUGCCCCCGACCGUCUCGCCGACGCCGACAGGGAGGGGAUAAGGCCGCCUUCCCCUCGGUCCCCUCGUCUCCCCGCUCCACUUCCCCCUCUCCUCCUCGGUUCCUCCUCCCCCCCUCUCGCCAGAUCCGCUCCAUCCGCGGCGCCUCGACGCCGACGCCGUCCCGAGGGCUCGCCGUCGCCAUGGACGCAGCCACCAGCCUCCCCUCUCCGUUCUGAGCUGUCCGACAGCUCCAUCGCGGACGCCUUCCUCCUCCUCCUAGACGAGAUCGGACCGGGACGGCCCCGCAGCACCGCCCCGACCCCUUCGACCACCUCGGAACGCCACCGCGCCGUCUGCCUCCUCUACUACGACGGCGGGCUUCCUCCACUUCGACCGCCUGCUGCUCCUAAACCUCCCGCCGAGCCUCCGUGUGCUCCUAGAUGGUGGAUCCUUAGAGCCUGAUGCCACCGCCGACGUAUACUACUACAUGGAGGCCGCCGAACACCAGGAGUAGUUAGGAGGUCCCAGGCAGGAGGCCUUGCCUCUUUGAUCGUGUUGCUUUUGUGCUAGCCUUCUU